AUGGCUUUCAAGCAACGGGGUGCUCAGUUGGGAAUCCGUAUUGUUCCUCAUGCUGAGAGAAUUUCUCACCUACUGCAUGCGGAUGAUAUUCUGGUGUUCGCGGAGGCCUCCAGGCAUAAUGCUGAUCGCAUUUUGAAUAUCUUAGACGACUAUUGUGGCUGGACGGGGCAGUGCGUUAACAGGGAGAAGUCGGCGAUACUCUUUAACAAGCGUUGCCCGAAGUGGAAGCAACGGGCAAUUGCUAGGGUGGUGGGGGUUCGCCGGGUGGAUCAAUUCGACUACUUAGGAAUCCCGCUGGUUUUGCGGAAGCUGAAGGUGGCGGAUUUUGCUACACUUGUUCGAAGUGCCCAUGACAAGACGAACAUCUGGGGGAAAAAGUACCUUUCGUAUGCUGGGCGUGCUCUUCUGAUCCGCUCGGCACUGCUCACUAUUCCUGCUUACCUUCUUGCUCAUACGGAGGUGCCGAGUGGGGUGCUCAAUUCUAUCGAAAAGCUCGGGCGGCGAUUUCUGUGGCAAAAGGAUUCCAACAGGGGGCUUGGUUUCCAUGAGUUAGCUGUUUGGCGCGGCCCCCUUCGUGCUCGGCUUGCUUGGACGGUCAUUAACGAGCCUGAUUCUCUUCUUCACAAGGUCGUUACGGCGAAGUAUGGCGCUGAUCUGUGGCUGCCUGUUCGGACCCCCAAGUGCUCCGCUACUUGGAGAAUUAUCCGGGAGGGGGCGGAUGCCCUGUCGACUAUUCUUCGGUGGCGUAUUGGCGAUGGGCGUAGUGUCAGAAUUCUUCAUGAUUGCUGGAUCCUGGACCGGAAGAUUGAGGAGUGGCUGACAUUUGUCAAUGUGGAGGAGGUGGAAAAUGCCCGCGUUUGCAACUUGUUGACUGACUCCCUGGAGUGGAAUGUGGAAAUGGUGAACCAUUUUUUUGGCCCCAUUCUGGCACAACGCAUCUUGGAGAUUGGCACGAACGUGGGGGAGGGGACGGACACGCCGGAACUCACUAAGUCGUGCUUCGGUUCUUCGCUCUCGGCGGUGGCGUAUAGGUCCAAAGUCCAGGGACCGGACUGUGACUUUGGUUGGCUGCACAAUUUGAAGCUACAGCCGCGCGAGAAAUUUCAUUGGUGGCGGCUACUUUGGAAUGCUAUUCCCACUAAUGUUUGGCUUCACCGGAGGGGGCUUUCGAGCACCCGGCUUUAUCCGUGGGGGUGUGAUAUGGAGGAAAACACGGAUCACUGCAUUACGCUUUGCCAUAUGCUGAGAAAGGUGGUGAGGAUCCUUGCGAAAUGGGGAUUUGCUCUGCCUCAAUUUGACUCCCUCGCGGCGGCGAUGGAUGGUGUGGCGUGCCAGGAACGAUUUGAAGCAUACUGGGACGUCCCGCCCACCUUCGAUUAUUGCCGCUACGGUCUUGUCGUUAUUGCUGCGGACCUACUCGAUGCCAAUUCUGGAGCACUGGUGUUACCCUCAGCCCUCUGGGCUGUCUUCUAA